CACUUUCCUGCUUAUAAGGAGCUCUCUCUGUGAUCCCUCCUUCAUACCUUCCCUUUACUUCCAAGUCAUCUUCCUUGACUUAACAAACUCUUUGCCCUCUUUCUCUUGUGGAAUUCAAGCAUAUUGGGGUUCUGAGCUAGUUUUUUGCCUUUUUUUUUUUCCCAGUCAACCCCCAAAACCUGUCAACACCCUUUACCUUCAAAAGUGAUAGGACUGCACUCGAUUUUUUCACUAAUGUCAUCCAAUUCUCUCAACUCUUCACGUAACUGUAGUUCCCCUUGGACCCCCAAGCAAAACAAACUAUUCGAAAAGGCCCUGGCUUUGUAUGACAAGGACACCCCUGACCGCUGGCAUAAUGUUGCCAAAGCUGUGGGUGGCAAAUCUGCAGAGGAAGUGCAGAGGCACUAUGAAAUUCUCAUCAGGGAUGUCAGGGAAAUUGAGUCUGGUCGGGUUCCAUUCCCUAAUUACAGGUCAAGUGGAAACAGUAACUAAGGCAUCGGUGAGAAGCUCAAGGCUCAUAAAGUAGCAAAAGCUACAGCAAAUUACAAGAUGCAGCAGAAACUAGCUCAAGUAACUGAAAAUACUACUUGUCCACCACUACUAUUUGCAAAAAAGUGUUGGAAAAGUCAAAUUUUUCACCGAGUUAAUAUUUCCCUGCUCUUACUUGUUUAUCCUAUAUGUUGCAACUCUCCUUGUAGAAUUAAAUCAGUGCAAUGAAUUUACUAUAUAAGCAAAGUUUAUUAGAAACGUGCAA